AUGGGUCUUCCUUUGCUUGUUCAUAUUUAUGCUACCGAUUCUGCUAGGCCCGUUCUUCUUGAAGAUUUGCCAAUUUGGACAGGGCGAUCUAGUAGAAGGGAUGAUGAAGAGGGUGAUGGUGGUUUUUGUUGCUUCAGACGGUUGCUUUACCCUUAUUUGGGCACUGCAGAGAAAAUAGCUAUUACUGUCAGACAUCCAGGCUCUGAUUUGGAAGAACAUUUACAUAGUCGUGAUCUUCACGAUGAGACAGAUGCGCUUGAAUGGACACAAGAACGUGUAGAAAUAACUGAUUAUUUAAACGAAGUUCAACCAAAAGAAUGGGACCAAAAUAACAAAAGUUUAACGUUAAAUUACUCUUUAAGACUUUCCCCUUUGGGUGGAGAUUGUAAGGAUGGAUGGCGUUUUGAAGUUCUUGAACCAAGAGAAUUUAUUUUUAUCGUUGAAAAUGAUAAAUUACAAAUGUUGCAAGACAAGCCUGGAACUUAUCUUUUAAAGCUUAAAUUCCAAUCAUUUGGCGAUAUGGAAAUUUCUGAAGAAAAUAAUGCUCGAAUACCGUUACGUGUUGUAUUUAUGUGUAUGCCUACUGGACAAAGCCUUACCAUAGAACAAGCACUUGUUGGUUUAAUAUUUCCUGGAAAGGAGGAAAUCAAGGCAGUUACUGGAGCUAAAUUAAAUCCGAAGCGUUUAUUUGUUGAUUUAAACAAAAAUCCAUUUAAUGUAAUUUCGUUAAAUAUUUAUUUACCUAAUGAUUUAUCAAAUAAAUUACAAAAAGAUAAUUUAAAAGAAACUGAAUCUUUUUUACCCUUUACAUUAAUUUGGAUUAAUCGACCUUCUCAAAAUAAUUGGCGAUUUUGGUUAAAAUUAAAAUCAGAAGAAAUUGAAAAAUACAAAAAUAUAUUGAAUGAAAGUGGGGGAAAUAUUGAUGGAGCUUUUUUAAUUAAAGGAAAUGAAAAUUUAAUUCUGUCAGUUCCAUAUAGAAUUCAACAAAACAAUUUAAAACAAGAAAAUGACCCUACUUUAUUUUUCUUUACUUUGGUGGUUAAAGGAAUUGGUGGAGGUACUAAUUCUUUACAUUCAACAGAUGUUGAAUUAUUUACUCAAGAACGAGAACAAUAUUUUGCAAAAACUCUUCUUUUAAAUAGUUUUGGAUUUUUUGAAAAAUUAAAAAAAAUUCCUUUUUCAGCUCCAGAACAGUUUGGACCUCUUUUUGCUUCCCUCUUUCAAUUAAAAAUCCGUUCUCGUCAUUUCCUUCCAUUUACUAAAUUAAUUAGAAUUAAUCCAUUAGAUAAUAUUUUUAUUGUUGAAUUAAUUCCUAAACCUUCACAAUAUUUUACUUUUGAUGGAAAACAAUUUAAUUCUGAAUGGCAAGGGGUGGAAAGAGUUGAAGAUAAAGAAGAGACUUCAUUAUUCUCCCCUCCAAUUGUUCAUUUUCGUCCAGCUGUUUUUACUCCUCAAUCUCUCUCCAAAUUUGUUGAUGUUGUUUAUGUCCAAGGAUCAACAAACUCUUUUGUUUCUGUCCAGCCUGGAUGGAAUUCUAAUAACCAAAUUUUGGAUUUUCCAAUGUCCAAUUUAAAUUCAAGUCUUUGUUUGGGAUGUGGAUUUCGACAAUUAAUUAAUUUAAAACAAAUUUCAAUGGAAACAAAAUGUGAUGCAAUGACUGUUUCUGUUCCUUUUUGGUCUGCCCAACCUAUUGGACAUUCUCCUGCUAUUUUGAAAUUCUCUCAAUAUUUUUUGUUAACUUCAGAAAAUAAUAAAAUAAAUAAUGAAGAGGAAGAUAUUGGAGAGAAUGAAGAAGAAGAAAAUAAUAAAAUAUUAAAUAAUGAUAAUCAACAAUUUAAAUUUCCCCGAAUUUGUCAUCAAAAAGAAGAUGAAAAUGUGGAUGGGCAAGGUAUAGUAAAGCCUAGGGACCAAAUUCAAAGUUUCAGCCUAAUCGCCUAG